UUUAUCCGGCGCUUUUUUCUUCACGGUGGUCUGAAGGACUGGGAGACACGACCGAAGUCCACUUCUGCCGCACAACUCGCACCGCGCACACGCUUCCAACAUGAGUGAGCUGGCAUCCAAUAACUCGGACAACAGCAGCCAGACGACUGCAGCUGACAACAAAGAAAAGGCAUCAGGAGCAAAGCCUCAGGAACAAGAGGAGGAGGUCGACAUCGACUUGGAGGCACCGGAGACAGAGAAGGCAGCACUCGCCAUCCAGAACCAGUUCAGGCGUUUCCAGAAAAAAAAGAAGUAGACUGACUGAUUCAAACAAAAACAAAAAAAAA